UCUGCGUGCUUGGUAACCUCAGCAUCAAUCGACGUGUUUAUGCAGCAAGCGAAUCAAUGACAUUGAAGUAUAUAGGUGCUUUUUGUGUUAUUUUGAAAUGGAGGAGGUGAAAGAUGACAACACAUACAAGGGUUUUGUAGAAAGACUCACCCUCGGUAUUACUCGGGUUUUGGAGAACCUCCCAGGUGUGCUAGAUGUACGGUUUGUAGAGAAACCUCCUGCAGAAAAGCGAUGCCUUCUGUCUUGGGAGCAAAAAAACAACUGUGCUUUGCCAGAAGAUCUAAGAGAUUUCUAUCUUACAACAGAUGGCUUUAUGCUUGCCUGGAACACCAAGCUGGAAAAUGAAGUGGUUCCAGUGGGUUGCAUGAUGAUCAACAAUGUUGCUCUGUUACGCCCCCUGAUUCAGUCUAAUGUAUAUUCGCUCCCCAAUGCACCUACUUUAGAUGAUCUGGACUUUGAUGAUGACUUAGAGGAAUCUGAUGGCCCUGAAAAACCUCAUUUUGAUUUUCGUAGUCGCAUCUUUGAGCUGGACCCCUGCAAUGGUAAUGGCAAAGUAUGUCUUGUUUACAAGAAUUGCACUUCAGGUGUUGUGGCCCAGCAGUGUGAGGUGUGGUUCUUGGACCGAUCACUUUUCUGGCAUUAUCUCACUCCCUCCUUCACUGCCUACUACCGGCUUAUGAUCACUCAUCUGGGGCUGCCGGAGUGGCAGUAUAAUUUCACCCCAUAUGGCCCCAGCCCACAAGCUAAGCAAUGGGCCGCCCUUUACCAACCUCUGACGUUCCAUGACGACUCCCAUCCUGAUGCAGCCUGUGAACCUUUUUUGAACAAACUGGACCCAGCCGAGGCAUUCCGUGGCAAGGCCAAGCCACCCACUCCCAAGAAGAAGCAGGCAGCACAGGCCCCAGUGAGCGGCGGGAGCACAGCCAAAGCACAGGGGGUCUCAGGGAGACACAGUGGGACUAAACGAUAAACCCAACGAAUGCCCAUGGAAUGUUCUCAUACAGGCAUGGUGACUGUACUUUACUCAUGCUGGGUAUUUACCCUCACUUAAGCAGCUUAAUUUCAUCCAAUCAUGCCAUGAGUCUGUGUAUGUACACAUUUAAUAAAGAUCAAAGAUGGACAA